AUGAAUGAUGAUGCUAAUUCUCUCUUUCUCUCAAAUUCUUUUUCCCCUCUUUCUGAUUUUGAUUUUCCGGUGCUCCUCCAUGACAACUUGGUAGUCAGAGCAAGCGGUUCUCGACAGGGUAUGGUGAUCACCACCAGAUCUCAUGCCAGCCAAGAUACAGAGCUCUGCCGGCAGGAACAUGCCAGAUCUGUUGGACCUUUGGAACCAUCGGAUGUACGCGCUCUAGUGGAUGAAUGUGGACCAGAGAAGGAGGAUGUAUGUGGCACAGGUGAUGGCUUUGCAGGCGCAUCGGACUCUGCUGUCAAGGACAGAAAUCCUCCAUCCUUGCCGGAAACGCUUGCAGCACCUACCACCAGGAAAGCAUUAUCUCAACGCCGCGCGUUAAACUCCAACAGAAAUAUGGCCGCUCAGACAGUAUCUGAGUUUGCAUCAACCAUAAACUCUGAAGCAAAGGCUAAAGAAAUUGCCAAGCAACAUAACUUUCCCAUAGAUCUAGAUUGUCGAGCACCACUGGAUUAUGAACGGCCUGACACUCCACCAGAGGGAAAAAUUACUGUGAUCGAGUGUCCCAUCAUUGAGGAAGUUGCAGCGACCUUGACGGAAGAGGAAUCGCUGAAAAUGUUGACUACCUCGAUGGCCAGCAUUCUUAUGCGGGAGAAGAAAUUAAAACAAGAGAAGUUAACGCAUGAGGAGUCGAGAAAGGAGGAGCAGGACAUGAGGCUUGCCAGGGAGAAGGAGUUAGCCACGGUUCAGGCCAUGUACAGGGAGAUUGAGGCCAAGCUGACAGAAUAUAGAGAGUUCCAUAUUCCCAAAUCAGAUUUGCAGGCCUGGAUGACUGCCUUUUGGGCAAGAAUGAUGCCGACUGGUGGAUUGGCGAGCAUCCUGGUGGGCAUUAGCAACGAUGCCAAGGGGCUAGGAGGACAUGGUGUAGCUGUGGCUGCUCUCGAGAGGAUGGAGAGCGGAAGGAUCAUUAAUGCUGGAUGGCUUCAGCAAUUUAUAAGGCCGCAUCCUAAGAAGACUCUCUAUGAGGCCAUAAAGAAUGGGUUGCAGCAGCUCUCCGAUGGAGAUGCCCUUAUAGUGCUCCCUGAUGAUGCUGGAGAAGAGGUACGCGUGCCGGAGCUGGCCCCAGAUUUCAUCGGUUUUGAGGUGGAGUGGGAAGAGGAUUCCUCGGAGCAGGUCGAGGGGGAUAGGGAGAAUGAUCAGGAGCCUGAAAAGGAAGGGACGUCGGCUCAUACCCCUGUCGAGGAGACAAACGAGAACCAACCAAGCCAGCUUCCCGGUCAAAAUGACGAUUCGUACUUCGUUCAUCUAGUACGUCUAUUGAUCCUUGAGGAAGACGAGGUCACGAAGUUUCCCAUGUAUACGAUGAUUUCUUCAAUUUUGAGGAAAUUUGGGGAUGUUCACAACACUGACAAAGUGAGAGCCCUCGAGAAAGAGCUUACCGAUACGGUCAAUGCGCUUAACCUUCGAGCGUACUCCCGCUUGGUGCAGCGCUUUAGACAGCAAGAGGAAGAGUGGAAGCGUCGACUUCACCAAUAUGACUUGGACUUUCAUGAUUCCUUAUCUCUAGAAGCCAACAUUAACGAGGAGAUGGAGAAACUGAAGAAAGAAAAUGCUCGACUGAGGAAGCGCGAGAAUAUUGUUGUGUCCCCGUGGUUCCUCGAAAAAUUCGACACGCUUGCUCUAGUCGAGGCACAGAUAAGGAACAUAUUGGUGGAUAACGAGAUUUCCUUACCUAUUCUCGAGGACCUCGAUCCGGAUGAUGAAGCGAAGGAAAGGGCAGCCGCUGAGGAGUAUCUUCUUAGAAUCAACGACCAAGAUUGGAAGAUUCUAGAUUUAAAAGAUAAACUUAGCCAGUGUCUCCAUAGGCUUAGGGUGAUGGGAUGUUCUAGCGUUAUUAAGCCUUCCCGAUUCAACCCUAAGGGGACAGAUCUCAAGAUUUAG